UCCACUUCGAAUUGCCUAACCGAUCAUUAUCGUUGCCGCCGCCACCACCGUUAACAAUUAUUGAGCUUAUUAUCACAUGUUGUUUCAUGCUAAUACCGUGGCGCCAUCUGGUGGCAGCCAACACAACUAGCGCCAUGACAAUAACGUUUCCGUUAGUUCUGUAUGCACCCCUUGUCCAUCCCGUUGCCGUCUGUUGGUUUCCCUAUCAGUCGGCAGUCGUUAUCGAUCGUUGUUCGUUCAUUUGUAGAUAACAAAAGCCACCAGUCGCGGAUGUAGAAGUCGCAGCAGUAUACGCCGCAUUUGAUUCCCCCUUGUCUAUGCGGUUUCUUCGCUCCUUUACCCUUUCCCGUUUAUCUGCGUAAAUGCAUGUGAGUGGGGGUUGUGUGUAUGCGUGUGUCAGCAAUAGUGUGUGCGGCGCCGCGACUCCAGCUGCUGCUGUCCUAGGGAAACCAGUACGUUGGACGGUGCCAACGACAACUACAGCUGCGGCUGCGAUGCCGAUGACGGUGGUUAUAGCAGUGGCCGGGAUGGACUAGCAGCGGCCAAACACCAUUUAAAGCGGCCGUGCCUGUCAGUGGAACUAGAAGCAAAGAAGUGUUCCUGAUGAUGUUCGAGUUGGUAUUGAUGUUGUCGCUGACACUGUUGAGGCUGCGACGGCCAGAAGCAGGCAGUAGUGGGGGGUGCCGGUGACUGGAGAGUGGAGUACCGCAAGGUACCCCAGGAAAUCGCUGACGCCGAUUCAACAAAGCUACAAUUGGCAGGAGUAGGAGGUAUUACGUUUAUGCGAAAGGAUCAUAUUUCUUUGAUUUGAUGCAUACACAGAGAGUGCCCGUGUUAGCAAAAACCUAACAGCGUUUGAAAGCGUCAACGACAGUUGACGCAUUGGAGAAUGACAGAGAACUACCGGAGUAGUACGCAGCAUUAUUUACUGCCAGCUUACGAAACAGGGUAAGUUGACUUAGCCUCUGCCUUUUGCUACUGUAGGUGGAUAUAUAUAUAAUAAGCAGGUUAUGAGGUGGACUAUAAAGAUUAUUGGUUGAAGUGGUAUUGCUGCCAUCAUCGAUCUUCAGUCCGGUUCUUUGAAAGUAGACGCUUCAGGACAAUGGCCCAUGCUUCCUAUUUUCCUUUACCGAAAGCUCGUCACGACGCUGUAACGCGAUUUGGUGAUCAACUUCAACUUCUUUGCUAGUUGCAUUGGUCGCUCAGUCCCGAAAUGGGCACAGCGGUUGUUUUGGUGGAUGAGUAUAAUAGAUGGUCUUUGUGUGCGUGAGGUGAUGCAGCGGUUCGUCUAGGUAUUCCAUCCAGCUAACGGGUUCCCGGAAAAUUCUAACGAUAGAAACGAAAAAACACGCUCAGUUACGUUCGAUGUGCAUGAAACACACGCCAAACAACGGUAUAAUAUAAACGGAAUACGAGCCACACCUGAAGACAAUGAUUAUGCAUAAGAUUAUUGAUCGCUAAUGAAUAUAUACGUGAUAUGUCAUAUAACUAUACAAAGAGGACAUUACAAGGUAUUUAAUUCGAUUUGGCUUCAUAUGGAUGUCAGCUAGCAAGAUGCUGACAAAUAUUCGAUCUUUUAAAUAAAACUACUCGACGAUUCGUACACCCAACGAUCAUACGCUACUAGUGUAAGCUUCACAUAUGAGUCUAGUUAAUUACAUAGCUUUCCCUAGACGUCUGGCUCGGGCUUGCUUCUAAUUACUAAUAUUUUGAUACCAAGAUAUACAUUUGCUUGUUGUUUAUCUGUUUGUUAGCCCGGCCCAACACUCAUGAAUGAUUCGCUUGUAUUCCUCGAGUCUCAUGGGAGACGUUAUAAGUUUUUCAGUACGCGAAUAACAGGACAUAGGGAAAGCAUUCAGAACUUCAACGACACACGUCUUCGCUUUGAAGGCAGCACAACUAGCAGAAUUGUCAAACAAUGAGACAUUGUAUAUAAAUAUGUCAGAAUUGGUUGGAUGGCUUCUUUUUUUUAGCGUUACCGCUGGAACUCUACGGGUCGAAGGUAGCGAUCGACGUUACCUCUCGCCCGAAAUCUCUAUUCUAUUCUCCCAGGGAAUUUUCUAUAUUCCGUUCAUAGGACUGGCUUUGUUUCGAAAUAAUUAAAAAAAAAACUAGUUUAUCUGUGUAUCUGUAGACGUAUGUUAAUUUUACGAUUGUUGCCGCGGUAUAACGUAGGUAAGGAGCUUGACUGUAGAAUAGACUAUUAUAGAACAAAAAGGAAGGUGUUAAAUGGGAACGCGUCCAUUUAGCCACAGAUGUCUGUCUUCGAGGAUACGUACGUGUAUAAUAGAAGUGGUACCUUCCAACGAAAAAGUGACAACAGACGGGAAAUUGAAAGUGCCUAAAUUGGUGCCGGCGCACUAUAAUGAUGUUCACUUCAGAAGUUCGUAACCUGUAUUCGUCGUAGUCUAACGGUCAUAAAACAAAAAGAACGCUACGGUCUAGAACGACAUUUUGCAAAGUCGUCACUUGAGUUACCCAAAUACCUAUAUAUAUAUUAGACACGCUUGAAAAAUUAGUCAGUUAGUUAGCGUAAAAUUAAAAGAAGUCAUCUAUAUAUAAGGGGAAGCACAUAGCGAUUACUUUAUUCACAUUACAUUAGCAAUAGUCGUUGUGUGUUGGGGGUAAGCUAUUUCCCACCAUUUUUCUUUUUUUUUUUUUUGAUGAUCUCUAUCCAACGUGCUAUGCAACAUCUGUGUAUGCGGCGUCCGCUAAACAAUAUCUUUAGUGCUAGUUAUUGAAUAGCCAAUGUAAUAAGUUGUGUACACUCGCGGAGUCCAUUUUUUGUCUGAUAUUGAUAGGUAAAUACGAGCUAAUUGAUUACUUUUGGGCGAUGUGCAACUCAAAAGGGUGUCGUUUUGUAUUCAUAGUUCGGAUGAGAUUGAUCGUAUCGGAGCACUUUUAAGCUCAUAAUAUCUCAUGUUUCCGGAUCGAUAGAAUAUAACCGGAUUAGUGUAUUAAAUACAUUCGGAAUGAGGCGGCAGUUUCUGUGUUUAACGUUGAGUUGGGUAAUGAUACCUUCUAACAGUAGCGACACAUCAUAUAACUCGUCAUCUAUUUUCUAAUAAACGAGUUGUUUUUUUUUAAAUCAGCAAUAGGAGACUUACUAUGUCUUUUCAAACCUUCCACUGUUGCUGUUUAAAUAAUUUUCCUAGUUAAUAAACGGUCUAUAAUCGUUAUUAAUUCACUCUCGGACUGGUCACAAUUUCAAUUCGAGAUAACACCAAUAAAUGUGACGAGUUCGAGCGGUGUUGAAAACGAGUUUUUGUUUAAUUUCUUAAUUAAUUAAUUAAUUUAAUAAAUCUAGUAACGAAGAAUGAGGGGUAAGCUGAAUCUGCGACAACUUGUAUUCGAGCUACGUUGUACCUUUAGAUAUAAAUCUAUUGAUUUUAAUAUAAUAAAUUAUCUAUAGUAUUUUGGUUUAGUUGAAGAGAGACGAAUACCUUGAACAUUUACACUGAGAUGCCUUUGUAUGGUAUGGCAUCGACUUUGUCAUACCGAUAGGAUAUAUGUGUAUGGGUUAGGACGCAUAGGCGAAAAUUACAAGCAUUGGACAAAAAAAUUCAAGUCAUCGUGAGCUCUAUGGGCUUACCGAAGCAGAAUAAUUCGGCAAAUCCUAUAUGCCAAUACCGAAGGCUUUCACAUAAAGAAAUCUCUAUUGUCGAUUCAAUUCCUUACCUUUUGAGCUAUUUAUUAAAAAAAAAAAAAAAAAAGUUGAAUUUGUUCUUUGUUGAAGUUGUUAUGUUAGGAGGUCUUUCUACUUAAAAAAGGUUCACACCGUGCUCUAGGGGCAAACUUAAAAACUUCCAGCUUUUCGUGGCUAACGAGUUAGCCACCCAGUCUACCAAGCAGAUGUUCGCCCAUUCGUUCUCCUAUUUCGAACUGAUACAAUAAUGAAAAUAACAGUAGCCGAUACAUUUACGAAUACGUGACUAUCAUUUGGAUUCCUCUCGCCGUGAGCUUUAAAGUGCAGCAAUGCCCGGUCCGAGAAAGAGAGCAGCCGAAAUCAUUUUGUCUUCAUUUUUUUAUUUUCAAUAUUUUCGUCCCGAAGCAAAGCAGUCCUAUGCAUAUCACUUAGCUUUUUAGUACACCCAACUACCUGAGCCUAUAACCUAGAGGUAGGAAUUCUAAGGAGAUCUAACGCAUAGGGGCUAGGGGCUAUUUAGCAAAACUGAUUGCAAAUCAGCGACAAAUAGAGCAUGUUCGAUACAACGAUGGUAGGUUGAAGCAACUGUUCAGCUUAUGUGAAUGUUUGACGGCGUCGCUGGAUAGCUUUAUACGAGCUUAAUGAGCGAAAUAAAGUUGAGUUAAUCGAGUUUCAAAUAUUUUUUGUGUUGCUACGUGAAAGUUGUUGCUCUGCCAUAACUGUGUUACUAGGGCGCUAGUGUUCACUUUCUUCAGUGAGUCUCAGAAAUGUGAGCACGCUGCCCUAGCUUUUACAGAUAUACAGAAAGAUUUCAGUGAUUCUGUGCAUAACUCUGUGGAUUUUUGUUUUCCUACGGCAUCAUCAUAUACCUGGAUCGUCACGGUUGGCUGCAUGUAAAGGAUCAAGGAAUCACGUGGUUAUCGUUCUAUUUAUGAUAUUAUAUUAAAUGCUACCUUAACUUUCUCAAAGUUUUUGUGGGCAAAAACCUAUAUCAACCAACAUACGACACGUACGAACUUGAGGUGUACUUCUAUUCAGAAACGGGUUUAUUAAUUAUUGAUCAUAUAAAGGAAUCGUCCUAGGUUGGAUGCAGUAACUAAAUUCUUGACCUUGAGAAAUGCAGAGACCUUACGUUCGGCCUAAUAUUCCGCAAUUCUGCCUCGAUUGUAAAAAAAGAUUCAUUAUUAUUGGAAAAAUAAACAAACAACUUACACGCUUAGCGAGCAUGAGUUCCUAUUCCAUUAAAUGGCCCAAAAAACUAUUUGAGCAUUCUCAAAGUCCAUGAGUGUUUAAAUACUUAAUGCAGAAGGGACUAUCACUAGAAUCGGAUGCCUCAUGCUCUGGCAAAAUAGGACAGUUUCUUUAGAAAAGCGUAGCAACUAAAAAGACAAGGUCAUAUUGUGUCAACUUUGACGGAAAGCAAUGGAGAGGAUUUCGAUUGGCAACAGAAGCGCACGCUAGCCUGUCUCACUUUUCCUAUCCACAUGCACCACUAAUAUAGAACUCAUUUCGGUGACGUUACAAAUUAUCUGUAAGCUCCAUUAAUUAACAAGUGGAACAAUCGACCUUUUUUUCCUCUGUUCAUUCAACCAAAAUGCUGGCUUGGACGCGUUUGAGUACAAGUCGAAUAGCGCAAAUGACAGGCCUAUUUGAAAAAAAGACGACAAACAGCCGUGAACCCUGAGCGUCAACAGCAUCAGUACACAUCACUCGUCUGAAUAGGUAUUGUGUCAAACAUAGCUGAAGAGAGAAAAAUUGGAUUUUGAAUAACGGCCCGUGAGCUUUUCCCCAUUGCAGCAGUGUGACCGCAAACGGUUGCACGAAAGGUCGACGACUUUCUGACAUUUUCAGCUCUCCAUCCCACCUCUCCUCGUCGGCAGCAACGGCGGCCAAUAAUCAUCAUUUCGCUAACGUUCUCUCCUGUUUGCUAGGGAUUCACUGGUGCCAUCAACAUCAGCCCGGUUCAACAUUUCAAUCAGCGUUCCUAUGAAAAACUACGCCAGUUCAGUUCAGUGUCCCGUAGAAACUAGCAAUAAAUAGCCGAAGUGACAAAGUCCAGAAUCAGUGACAACGAUCGCCACGACCGAAGCUCAAUUGCCCGUCUUUAUGUGCGAAUGUUAACUGAACAAUGUCUGUGAUAAUUCGUGGCUAUGUGGCUUUUUUUUUGUUACGCCUGCUUCAAAGCUGCGUCUCACAACAAGCAAUAUGUUUGCGCUAAUAUCGAUGUAUUUAUGUAUAGGUAAGGAUAUAUGGAUUCAUUGUUGUGUCGACGAAAGAACAUCUGCUUAGGGUUUUUCUGCGAGAGCUAGCGUAGACGUCUCAAAGAUACACUCACGCACUCAUACAUCCACGUAGUCAAUAAGGCCAUUUCCGUUGGAUAUCGUCAACCGACGCAUAGCAUAUUUUAAUCCUUCACGAGCACACAAGAGAUGGUGAAAGCAGCACCAUUUUGGUGUUUCACAUUCAUUCGUAGUUAAUUCAAAUCUAUGAAACGAAGUAACAGGUUAUGUCAAUAGAUAAACGCAAAAAUUUUACUACUGCUUUUAUUUUUGCGUACUAGACCGCUUUAAUGGCAAAGUUACCAGCGCAUACACCGACUGGGAUCUAGCUUUGGCGAACAGAUUAGCCGAUCUAUCCGAAUGCCUGAAAUAGAACUGCGACUCACACAGGACAUGCCCUAUAUGUACUAUGAGAGUAAUAGAUUGUUCUAACCACCCUUAUUAUAAAGGUAAGGUGUAGAUUUUUCUUUUUCAUAUACGGACAAGUAAAUAUGCGACAUCUUUAGUUAUAUCGAGCUAAAACGUGAGCUCUCUGAGUUAUAAACGGUGUACGAUAUCCUAUGCAAACACGCUUCUUGACACCUAAACGAAUGGUUGGUACCAUUUGCCGGUAACCGUCUCCGCGCUUUCGUCAGAGUUCUCAAAAGCCGGAUGUUAUAAUGUAAUGCGAUAAACCUAGAGAGAGGGAUUCUACUUACUAAGAUAGUCAGUCAACUGAAACGACGUUCUGAAAGCUGAUCUGGAGGGUUUAAGCAAGGGUGACUAUCAUUGAGAGUACCUUUAUAUCGACAAAAAGUAUAAUAACUCAGAAGAAAAAAACUUGCCAAAUGACCAUUCGGCUCGUACUCGCAUGGCUUCUAGCUUGACUUGAUCUGCAGUAGAAACGUACAACGUUCACAUGAUUGAAGUGAAAGAUAAAACGCGUUCGAUACGAGUGCUUAGCUUUUCAUCUGAGUUGAUUCGCAGCGUCUUAAAUCCACGUGGAGAUAUAUUUCGCUUUAUAGAGAUCUUGUGGAAUAUACGCAGAACACAAUUGUAGCUCUAUUUCCUGUGAAGCAACCAUUUUAGGAAUGAUAGCAUUUCCGUAGGUUGCUUGUUUCAUAGGUACAACUAAAUUUCUAUGAUAUUGCGCACUGCAGAUUUGGCAUUUCCUGUUAACAAGUAAAGCCUUCUUCAACAACUUCUAAUACUAGUCGCUACAGAAUGUCGUAUUUAUUAGCUAAAUAUCUAGCUAGCCACUGUAACUCAUUAUUAUUUACAUAGGUGCGGUCAAUGGUUCCCUAGUCGCAAGCUUAAGCCUAGACCACUUUUGCAGAUUUAUUCUUACUAGGAUAUCUUUUUGGCGACUUUUUUUUAAACAAUUACAUUACCGUAGUGAGUAGUAAUCAUAUACAAGCUAUUCUUAAAACAUCAGUACACAUGAGGACAAGGCCUCGUUCUUUAAAUUGUCCUUUAGUUCAAAGAAAUUGAGCAUAAUUUAUACUGACCAUGUGCUAUUGUGCAUAAACAGAUCAAUUCUUUUUCAAAGCACUAGCAGAGAAUGUAACCCAACAUCUUCUCGAUUGAUAUGUGCAUUGUUAUACCUGAAAUCUGCCUUUGGAAGAUAUCGCUCGCUUACAACAAAUGCACAUUUAUCCUGGUGCAGGUCAUCCAUAUAUUUAUGGAGUAAACUUACCUAUAAACAUAGUAACAACUUCAAGAUGUAAAUGAGUGUUCUACUUUGUAACCCCUCGUCGUUCUAUAGCUUUUUUUUUUCUGUACUGACCUUAACAUCAGGAGCCGACACUAUACCUAAGUAUAGAGGCAUCUAAGGCAUCUAAGUAUAGAGCUGCUGGAUAGCUUUGAUUUAUCACAAUAUAAAGCUGUAAAGUGAUGAUUAACCUAUUUAUGCCAUAUCUGAAGUUCUCGUUUUGCUACACAUAGACUUUCAGGUUGAUCUCAGGACUUCUACUCCGCCGAGGCGAUGAAAAGGCCGGUUAACGAUUGCAAUCUUCUAAAAGGACUCACUUUUUUCCUCGCUUAAUGCAAUCACUUGCUGCUCGAAAGAACGCAAAAAUGAAAUGUUUCCAACUUUGCGGUUUUACGUAAUAGUUCUUAGUAUUAAGUUACAGGCCGUAGCUGCAAAAAACGGUCUCGAAGGAAUUGUGUCCUUGAGCCUUAACAACGGUCGUACUUUAGCAAGCGACGAUGUCGUACGGCCGCCUUGACAACAACAAUGAUUUAGCAACAAGUAGCGAUAGGAACAAUACGGAUAUACCACCGCAGAAGGGUGUCACGGAAACGAAGCUCACAGUAGAAGCUUCGGACUUAAGGGGAUCAAGUCGCGUGAAUUGUAGUCACAGCAAUGGAACUAACGCGCCACAGAUCGAUGGCUUACAUCACCUUAAUACCAAAGCUCUCAACCAGAUACCAAUUAAGCAUCAUUUGCUACGUCGUGUAGUUGAGCAUUUGGCGUUUCGCUUAGUAGCUCUUCUCCUGAUUGUGACUGAUAUCUGCCUUCUAAUCGUUGCUCUUGUCGAAAAUCCGGAAUCAAAAAAACUCGUAAUAUACGACAAUAUCGCGCUAGCUUUUUCAGUCAUAUUCGUGCUAGAAAUAGCACUGCGAAUAUAUUCUCUCGGGACGACAGACUUUUUCCGUAAAUGGUACAACAAAGUGGACUUUGCCGUUGUGAUGCUCACCUUCAUAAUCACAGUGAUCGAACCCCGUAUCGAGCAGGUCCACACCGUGGCAAAGGCAGUGGUGGUUGGACGUCUUGUUCGAGUUGUGGGUUUUGUCCGCUUUCUGAGGUUCUAUACGGAAAAGAAUAAUCUGGCAAAGGGCGCCCGUCAUGUAAUUUCCGAGAACAAAAGACGUUACCAGAAAGAUGGCUUCGAUCUCGACUUGGUGUACGUGACGUCCCGAAUAAUUGCCAUGAGUUAUCCGUCAUCCGGUAGGAUGGCUUGGUACAGAAACCCCAUCCAAGACGUAGAGAAAUUCUUCGUCACGAAACAUUCGGGACACUACAAGGUGUGCAACAUGUGCAGUGAACGAACUUACGACGAUUCGCACUUCGAAAGACAAAUUCUUCGACUCAAAAUUGACGAUCAUAACGUACCUCUACUCACUGAAGCAAUCGAAUUCAUCCAGGAGGCUCAAAUGUUUUUGGAUGCAGAUCCCGCAAAUGUAAUAGCGAUACAUUGCAAAGGUGGCAAAGGCAGAACGGGAACCCUCAUCUGCAUGCUGCUUAUCAACAACAAUGUUUUCGAAUCAGCUAAGGUGACACAUAUAAAGAUCCGAGGAAUAAAUACUUUCGGUAAAGGAAAUGGAUCUGAUCUGCGCUGCGAGGUAUUCGAAGGACGCCAAGCAGUCUUCGAUAUGAAUUUCGGUCAGUAUCGAAACUGCCGCGUGGUACACGAUGCUGAGGAGAAUUGCGUGACCGUAACACCAGUGAAUUUCCCUGUUGUUCGCGGCGAUGUGAAAUUUCGCUUCCACUCCUUAAGUAUGUCGGUUCCCAAAGGCUAUGAAAACUGUGCGUUCUUCUUCUGGUUUCACACGGCAUUUGUGGAAGGUGACUCACUGUCCCUUCAUCGGGAUGUCCUAGAUAACCCGCACAAGAGAAAAACGUGGACUUCUUUCGGAGACGACUUCAUCGUUGAACUUAGACUGUCCAGGAUUUAACUAGGAUCUGAAGUAGGAUGAAGUCUUCGUAUAAAUAAGUUAAAAAUAAAUAUCUUCAAAUAACUCAGUGGUAGCUCGCUAUCACGAGGAUCAUGUCAUUUAGGGCGUGUUAUACCGACUUUUGUAAAAUACACUUUCUGAACUUUAGACUUUCAUUAACUAAUCUUACUUCCCUUCAUAUAAUCAGAUUAUAUAUGCGUGUCGAAACGACGCCUACUGGUUCCUCGUACAGAGAAGGUACAUAUUCGGACAUUAGGAUGGACGCAGUUCAUAUACGACUAUAUAAUUCUAACAUAUAUAUAUAUAUAUAUAUAUAUAUUUAAUACUAACAACUGAAACAAACAUAUUUGCUUAUUUUCGCAUAGUGCUUCUUCAUGGACUUCGCGAAGUGCUGAUUUAAAUAAGAUGGUAAACGCCCAAGUAAAAGCGUUUGGAAAUCUUAUCGUAAGAGCUGCAAAGUGUGUAUGAUAUUAUCUAGUUGCUGUAUUAUUUAAGGAGGGCAAUCACUGACAUAUUUUUCAAUUCCAAAACUGAUUGUACACACACUAUGCUAUGAUCACUACCGAAAUAAUAUAUGCUUACCUCGUCAUAGGUGAUAUUAUAUUACAUUCUAAUGCUGUGAAUAUUU